ACGCUCCGCAAAUCUCGUAAUUUGAUCUCUCAUAGUUUUCGAGAAAACUGGGACAAGAAGGAGAGACUGGCUUGGAAGUUACGUCGAAGAGCGGCGGAUUCGAAAUAGUAUCCGGAACAAAUUAUGUUGAUUCGGUCCAACCGACAAUCGCAGCUCAAGUUGCUCCUCGAUUUCUUUUCAAUUAUCUACCAAUUUCGUCAUAUGCUCCCUCGCAGUUUCUAGAAAUGUCGGCAAAACGGCACGAACUCGUCGCGUGACAGAGGGUUGGCUGGGCUGAGUUCAGAAGCCUUACCCGAGUGAACUCGGAUAUCAUACUGUCUCUGUCUAACACAUCAGAUUACACAAAGACACAGCGAUACUCGAGUCAUUCGAGUAAGGUUUCUGAACUCAGCCCUGAAGUUCUAGCGGGUCGGCUGGAUGUUAUAAGCAGUGUUGCCAGCGCGGAUUGCCGUAAUCCCGCCAAAAACCGUUAGACUCGUCUGAAUUAUUUCCCAUCAAAAAUCACCGGACCAGCUACGUUUUAGGCCAAAAAGAAACACCGAACUUCGAAAACCGAAUUUGACAAAGCGAUCAAGAGGCGUACAUACAACCCAACUGGAAACGAACAGAUUUAGCGGGAAUACCACCAGGUUGGCAACACUGCUCUCUCGUUCUUCUUUGGUUCUUACCACGUCCUUACUUACAUCGGGGUCGUAUUUCAAAUUUCUGCAAAUUGCGUUCGGACGAGCUUGUAAAAAUAUAAUAAUCAAUAUGUUAUUUGAACAUCUGGGGCGACCCAUUAAAUUCCACCUAGUGAACGUGAGUGAUAAAGAGAAACUUGAAUUAAGCCGGCUCAUAACGGCCAAUGGAGGAGUCGUAUCUGAAGACUCAUUGAUAAAAUUUACUAUCAGAAAUCCUCAUGUAGGAAACGAGGAAGUAUAUCAUGUGAAUUUCAUACACAAUUGCGUGAAGCAAAACAAGAUCUUGGACAUAACGAAAUAUAGGCACGGAGCCAUGGGGAUUGGGUGUCCAAUGAGCCAGUUCUUGAGAGGAAGCACAUCCUGCAUCGUUGAUUCUGAUGCGUCAGAAGAUAACAGACUAAAUCAGCCAAGCUGCUCCACCCGGACAAGAGCUAGAAGAUUUGUAUCCAAGAGUAAACCUUUCAUACAAGAAAGACUGACCAGAAAGAGUGAAAACGAAAUAAUUUCGUUGACUGACAGUGAUUCUGAUGCGUCAGAGGCAAGACCUGACCUUCUUCUAAGAUCUAAGAACAAACUCCGUCCCAGUAAUAAAAUUUUACCAUCGAAAAGAAGACGACGUCGUCCCAACAGAAAGAACAAUUUUCGGACCUGGGAAAAGCAAAAAAUGGUGAAUUACCUAAUCGAAAACAACUUGAUCAGCCAAGCACGCGGCAAUAGAGUCUGGAAGCAGAUGAUCGAUAAAGGGCUGCUGAAACACAGGACCUUUCACUCCCUCAACAACCACUUUCGGAAAUACAUGCUGCCAAACAUUCAUCUCUAUAAAAUGGAUAGCAAGAGCCUCGCAAAGUUCCUACGUCUUAAAAUGUAGCUUUCAUCGUAUCCAAUAAAAAGACUUGUCUUUUUUCUACGUUUGAAA